AUGCCCGCGCUGGUCAUGACCAGGACUGUGGAGGACAUGUCCGUUGGAACAAUCCUCGAAAAUGCCGCCAGUCAUUUUUCGCACGGCUACGUGCCAACCUCUCCGGAAGCCCUCGGUGAUCAGCUUGUUCAGUCACAGAGUUACUCUACACAGACCUCGCUCAGCGGCACUCCAGGUACAAAGAUGCUGGCAACUAUUGUUGGCACUGGCAUGGACCUUUUGCUCACCACACACUUUGAAAGAGCUGUCUAUUUGACGCCUCGGGAUUUGAAGGAUACCUCCUGGUAUCGUCUGCAGCAUAUCGUUAAGCGUGAACGGGAACACGACGAGGACGUAAUGUCCGAUGAGCAACUUGAACCGCCGGCCUAG